GGAGGCGUAGAGAGUGGAGGACAGAGCGCGCGAAAGCAUGGCCGCGAAUGGGAGGAAAACUUGGAACGGAAGAGGAGAAUCUCAGCAAAGCGGAACAGUGAGGAGUACAGCAGAGCUGCACCUCGCCCGCUGAUUAUGUCAGGCAUGAGCAAAGCCGUUUGGCCAGAUCUUCCCUUCCGAUCGACUUGUUUAAUCGCGACAUCUCCAGUGAAAAGGCCGGGCCAUUGCCAUUCUAUCCAACUGUGGCAUUGAUCGUCGCCAGCCAUGGAAGUGGACGAGCUGCUCAAGAAGAUACGGCUGCUGGAGGAAGGGCAGGCCGAGCUCAAGCGGGAGAUAGGCAAGCUCAUGCUGGACCGCCGCGACGCGCAGUCCGUGGCCCGGGGCCGCGCUUCCCACGCGCUGCUGCCGCAGCCCUCGUCGUCGCGGAACGUCGUCGCCCACGGCAGGUUCUCCGACAGGCACUGCCACUGGAUACUGCAGUCGCUGGGGCUGGCUGUGCACAUCAUUGCCCCCGACGGGACGCUCCUGUACUGGAACCGGUAUGCUGAGCAUAUGUAUGGCUAUUCUGCAUCAGAAGCAGUUGGUCGGAAUGCCGUUGAAUUAAUUGUUCAUCCUAGUGACUUUGAUGCAGCAAACGACCUCAUCCAGACUAUAUUUACAGGGAAGUGUUGGAGAGGGAAGUUUCCUGUUAAGAAAAAGUCAGGAGAGAGGUUUUUUAUGUUUAUCCAUAACACCCCUUUAUACGAUGACGAUGGUAGCUUGGUGGGCCUCAUUGGUCUGUCGCAUGAUAUACGGGCAUUAGAGGACAUAUUUAGUCCCUCAGGCUCUGCGGAAUCCUAUCCAAUUCCGAGUACAGCAAAGCCCAAGUUCCAUGCUAACAACCAGCCUAAAAGUGGUUCGCUGAACAUAGGUUGCCUUCACUCCCAGUCCCAGCAAUCUCUUCAAUCUGCUACUACCUCCAAGAUAGUAACUUUGGUUACCAGUGUUACAACUAGAGUUCGUUCUCGGAUAAGGACAGGUCAGAAUAGCGAUAAACAGUAUGGUAAGGGCCAGUACUCUGAACUUGACCUGCAGGCUGAGCUGGCAUCAAGUGAAGAAAACACCCCUAGUGGGGAUGUAGCGCAUCGUGCCUUUGUCGCCGAAGAAAAAUCCCCUGGCAAAUCGUGCAAAACAAGUAAUUAUGAUUCAGGAGAGCGAAAAGUAUGGUUUCACAAGAUUUUUAAUUCAAAGGCUGAUGCAUUAUUGGCCAAGAAGGGCAUAUCAUGGCCUUGGAAACGACAUGAAGUUGAUGGGGAUUCUGGAAAGAAUAACAUGAACUCAACACAGUUACAUGAUAAGCAAGAGAAUGAAGAGAGUCAUCAGAGAGUUACAGUUCUAGAGCCUAUCAUAAUUCCAGACUGCCAAAACAGCGAAUACACAUGGGCUAGCAAAUAUGAGGUCUCAGGUUCCUGGUGGGAUUUCAACAAGAACAGCAUGAGUAGCAUUAGCAGCACUACAGGGACUACUAACAGCAGCGAUAUUGAGAUGGUAGAUUAUGAAGCAGACUGCUUAGAUUAUGAGAUUCUCUGGGAAGACCUAGUAAUUGGAGAACAAGUAGGUCAAGGUUGUUGCGGAACAGUGUAUCAUGCUCUGUGGCGUGGCUCGGACGUGGCAGCUAAAGUAUUCUCCAAGCAGGACUAUUCAGAAGAAAUGAUAAAUACCUUCAGACAAGAGGUCUCAUUGAUGAAGAAACUACGACAUCCCAAUAUAAUACUUUUCAUGGGUGCAGUUCUGUCGCAGCAACGACUUUGUAUUGUUACUGAAUUUCUCCCACGGGGGAGUUUGUUUCGGUUGCUCCGAACUAACAUUGGCAAGCUGGAUCCAAGACGGAGAGUUAACAUGGCUAUAGACAUUGCAAGUGGCAUGAACUAUCUUCACAAUUCCAUCCCCACUGUUGUGCACCGCGAUUUGAAAUCGCCAAACCUGUUGGUUGAUAAGAAUUGGACUGUAAAGGUUGCAGACUUUGGUCUUUCACGUCUGAAACUCGAAACAUUUCUGACAACAAAAACUGGAAAAGGAACACCACAGUGGAUGGCUCCAGAGGUGCUACGGAGUGAACCUUCAAAUGAAAAGUCUGAUGUAUUCAGUUAUGGAGUGGUCCUGUGGGAGCUUGUUACUCAGAGGAUUCCCUGGGAUACUCACAAUACAAUGCAGGUCAUCGGAGCCGUAGGCUUUAUGGAUUACAGACUGGAAAUUCCAACGGAUGUGGAUCCUCAGUGGGCAUCGAUGAUCCAGAAUUGUUGGGACAGUGACCCACAACGCCGCCCUUCGUUCCAAGAACUCCUUGAGAGGCUCCGGAAGCUGCAAAAGCAGUACAAUGUUCAGGCGCAGACCGAGCGUAAAGAGGCUGGGAAAGUUGCUGGAAAUAUACAAAGCUAGCUUCGUGUUUUAAUAGUGAUCGAUUAUGCCUGCAGCCCUGGGCUAAUUUAUCCGAGGCGAGCUCAGAAAGGUUCGAGGAUGUUUUCCAUGUUGCUUCCAAGAGGGACUGCCAGAGAGGUUGGUGCAUAGCUUCUCAAAUUGCAACCUUGAAAGGAGGCUAGAGGACGCCCGUAGUUUCAGGGCUAGCCGAAUGUUCAGAACAGAUAU